CUCACUUAGAAUCUUCAAAGCCAAUUUGUGUUCAUCUGCUUCUGCUGCCCUCAGUUUCAGUUUCACUUCACUUUCUUUGUCGGUUCGGUUAUAAUCAAGCAUUUAACAGAAAAAUGAAGUCCGGAAGAAAGGAAGAGUGAGAGGAGAGUGAAGAUCGAACUCGUGGGGAUUAUCUUGGACUUUGCAAGAGAAAAAAAAAAGAGACAAUUUUAUAGGUUGAAAUUGUCAGAAAUGACGCAAAUUCAAUUACUCUCCUUUCCACACUGCAAUCUAACUCCACCCAACCUCACGUCUUCUCCCCAAGUUUUCACUUCCUUUUCAUCAAGACAACUUGCUGAACUUGUGGGCAAUCAACAUUUCCCAUCUUGGUCUUUUAAUUCACUCAAAAGGGUAUCCAAAUUUCAAACUAGUUUGAGAAAAUGUGGUGGUUUGGUUAGGGUCAGAUGUGGAUUGGUGGAAGAUGAAAGUGUUGAUGAUGGGUUUUAUAUGAGGAGGUGUGUGGAACUGGCAAGAAGGGCAAUUGGGUGCACAAGUCCUAAUCCUAUGGUGGGGUGUGUUAUUGUGAAAGAUGGCAAGAUUGUUGGUGAAGGGUUUCAUCCUAAAGCUGGCCAGCCUCAUGCUGAGGUUUUUGCUUUGAGAAAUGCUGGGAAUUUAGCUGAGAAUGCGACUGCUUAUGUGAGCUUGGAACCAUGCAAUCACUAUGGAAGAACUCCACCAUGUACUGAAGCAUUAAUUAAAGCCAAAGUGAAAAGGGUGGUGGUUGGGAUGGUGGAUCCUAACCCAAUUGUUGCUUCAAAAGGGGUGGAUAGAUUAAGAGAUGCAGGAAUCAAUGUGACUGUGGGUGUUGAAGAAAAGUUAUGCAAGAGGCUCAAUGAAGCCUAUAUCCAUCAAAUGUUGACUGGGAAGCCUUUUGUGACACUAAGGUAUUCCCUCUCUGUCAAUGGCCACCUUUUAGACCAGCUAGGGGAUGGAGUCACACAGACUGGUGGAUACUACUCAAAAUUGUUGCAGGAAUAUGAUGCAAUAAUACUUUCGGCCUCUUUAACUGAGAAGUUUUCAAGUCCUACAUCACAGGAGCCUGGGGCCAAUCAGCCUCUUCAGAUUGUAAUAGCAAGUAAUCCUGGUCAACUUCCUGCUCCCUCUAAAGAAGCCUCUAAGAUUAUAAUAUUUUCAGACAAAGAGGUGGCCACAGAAGCAGAUUUGGCUCAGAAAGGAAUUGAUGCAGUGAAUUUGGAUAGGAUAAAUUUGACUUCAAUUUUGGAAUACUGUAAGCGUCAGGGGUUCUGUAGCAUUUUGCUGGAUUUGAGAGGCAGCUUUGGUGAUCUUGAGGAACUUCUUAGAGAAUCUAUUGAGCAAAAUGUGUUGCAAAAGAUAGUGCUGGAAGUGUUGCCAUUUUGGGAUGAAUCAAAUGGUGGAGUGUCACUAGUGGCAUUAAAUAGUUUGGUUAAAAGACUAGAAGUGAAGAAUUUACAAUCCAUGAUCUCAACUCAAAGCAUUGUGCUUGAGGGAUAUCUUCAACAUAGGUGAUUACAACAAUGCAACUACUUCUUAUUGGCACUUGGCUUUGUUGGUUCAUCAAUGCCAUGGGAUUUCCAUGUUCUAGAUGGCAAAAGGCAAAAACAAUGCCCAGCUACGGCGCGAUGUGAGAUAUUUAGCCUUGAAUUAAUGUGAACAUAUUUCAAAUAAGCACAGCCUUAA